CUCAUUUCCUGGCGAUCUCGCAGACCAGGGUUUUUGUUCAUCGCCAAAGCCAAAUCUGCUUCCCGUUGUUACCAUUUUUUCUUAGUCUCGUGGCCCUGCACUCUCGCCCUCCGUUGCGAAGGCGGAGCUCCGUGUUCAGGAGGAGAUCAUGAUUUGCACUGGGGAUCGUGGCGGCAUGAGAGCAAGUGGCGGCCAAUAAGUUGUCAGAUUUCUUAGUUGCUGUGACCAGGGCAUUUGGAUUGUGUUGAUUGCUUGUUCGCCCCAUCUUGGUCUCUUAAGUCUAGACCAUGGCGUCCUCCGCCAUGGCUCGCCUGCCCAUCUACGGCCUGUUGCUGGUGUUUCUCUUUCACUCCGCUGCAGCUUUCUACCUACCAGGCGUUGCCCCCCAGGAUUUCGAAGAGCGUGAUCUUGUAACAGUUAAAGUUAACAAGUUAACAUCGACCAAGACGCAGUUGCCGUACAACUAUUAUUCAUUGGAUUACUGUAGGCCUCCAAAGAUUCAGGACUUCGCUGAAAAUUUGGGAGAGGUGCUCAGAGGUGAUCGGAUCGAGAAUUCACCUUACCAGUUUGAAAUGAUGAAUGACAAGCUGUGCAGGAUUCUCUGUAAGAAAGUUAUCACAGCAAAGGCGCUUAAGAACUUCAAGGAAAAAAUUGACAAUGAGUACCGUGUUAAUAUGAUUUUGGACAAUCUGCCAGUAGCUGAACCCAGACAAAGACACGGCAACGGGAAUACUCUUAAGUUUUAUGAUCGAGGUUUUGCUGUUGGACUGAAAUUUCAGGACGGUAAAAGAUAUUUCAUCCACAACCAUCUAUCGUUCGAUGUGCUGUAUCACCCUAUUGGUGAAGGAUCUGCACGUAUUGUAGGCUUUGAAGUGAAACCAUUUAGCGUAAAGCACAAAUAUGAUCGUUGGGAGGAUCAAAAGACGAAACUAUCCACUUGCAAUGCGAACACCAAGACCUAUGUGUCCCGUAGUCAGGAUCCUCAGGAGUUGCUUGAAGACCAGGAAGUGAUAUUCACUUAUGAUGUGUCUUUCCAGAAAAGUGAUAUCAAGUGGGCAUCUCGUUGGGAUACAUAUUUAUUGAUGACAGACGACCAAAUCCAUUGGUUCUCCAUCAUUAAUUCCCUCAUGAUUGUGCUAUUCCUCUCCGGUAUGGUGGCAAUGAUCAUGAUGCGCACUCUUCAUCGUGAUAUUUCUAAAUACAACCAGCUCGACGAAGAGGAUCUUCAAGAGGAAACUGGAUGGAAGCUGGUGCACGGAGAUGUAUUCAGACCCCCAAGUAACGCUGGGCUUCUGUGUGUGUACGUAGGCACAGGGGUUCAAUUUAUUGGAAUGACCGUAAUCACAAUGAUUUUUGCGCUCUUUGGUUUUCUGUCUCCUGCAAAUCGCGGUGGAUUGAUGACUGCCAUGCUGCUUUUAUGGGUGUUCAUGGGUUUAUUCGCUGGAUAUGCCUCAUCACGGCUGUACAAGGCGUUCAAGGGCACUGAUUGGAAAUCAAACUCCAUGAGAACAGCAUUGAUUUUCCCUGGAAGUAUUUUCGUCAUUUUCUUCAUCCUCAACGCACUGAUUUGGGGUCAGAAGUCAUCGGGAGCUAUUCCAUUUGGAACAAUGUUUGUGCUCAUGUUCCUUUGGUUCGGCAUUUCUCUUCCCCUUGUCUUCGUUGGAAGCUAUUUUGGGUAUAAGAAGCCAGCUGUCGAUGAUCCUGUGAGAACAAACAAAAUUCCGCGGCAAAUUCCUGAGCAGGCCUGGUACAUGUCGCCCGUUUUCUCCAUUCUCAUUGGUGGCAUUCUCCCCUUUGGAGCUGUCUUCAUCGAGCUAUUCUUUAUCCUCACUUCAAUUUGGCUCAACCAAUUCUACUACAUCUUCGGGUUCUUGUUCAUCGUCUUCCUGAUCCUCGUCGUAACUUGUGCCGAGAUCACCAUUGUGCUUUGCUACUUCCAGCUGUGCAGUGAGGACUACCAUUGGUGGUGGAGAGCUUAUCUGACCUCAGGCUCCUCGGCCAUCUACCUAUUUCUUUAUGCCACUUUCUACUUCUUCACGAAGCUCGACAUUACAAAAGUUGUCUCUGGCGUGCUUUACUUUGGGUACAUGAUAAUCAUUUCAUACUCCUUUUUCGUCCUCACAGGGACAAUUGGGUUCUAUGCUUGCUACUGGUUUGUGCGGGUGAUAUACGCAUCAGUGAAGAUCGAUUAAACUGCGGAUGCCAGUUUGGGUCGUCGUCAAUUUGGAAGAUGGAAAGAAGGCGCAUGUUUAAGACUGGAGAAUGUUGCAGGGCACUUCUGAAGGCCCUAAAUUCUAGCAGCGUUCUUUUCUUGAAUUGGUGGUCGCUGAAGCGCACAUCAUGUGAACCUUGAUAGGUAGUGGCAAAUUUCUUCAGGCAUUAUGUUUCUUUAUUUCUCCAAAACCUGUGGCGAAAUGGAUUGCUGAGUGUCGACUAACGUAGAGAGCAGUGAUCCAGGCUGAGAUUAGCCGAGUAGCUAUUUGGUGAGUAGCAACCUUUUUCUUAGUCUAUCCUCUCAUGGAAGUUGUCCUUCCUUAUCGACGAAGACUUCACACUAUCAAAAAUGUCAUUGAGCUCGGCUUGAUUCUCUUUCCUUCUCUGUUUUUUGUUCUCCCCUUUUUUACUUACUUUUUUAUCUUUGCCUUUUUGUUUAUUACCUCCUGACGUAUGUUACUUUCCUAGGUAGAGGCUGCGACCUUUAAUAUUUGUUCGUGCAGAUUUGCUAAUGUAUAGCAAGAUUUUGCUAAGCUGUAUUACAAUUCAAUUUCUCGAUUAGCCAA